AGCAGGAUGUGGCGACACAGGCCACCAACUCAGCGCUCCAGAGCCAAAAGCAGACGGACCUCUGGGUUGGAAGCCAUCCUGGUCUACACAGCGAGUUCCAGACCAGCUAGGGUGACACAGUGAGAUCAGAGAUGCUUCAGACUCUUCUCCCUACCCAGAAAUUAUGUCGUUCCUCGGGUGUCACCGCGUCACCAUCAGCAGCUCAGGCGUGGGGACCGUCACAGGGCGCUGCCCACCCCAGGCCACACCCCCCAGCCCAGGGCGUGGGUGCGCCAGGGCCUCCGGGGUCCGGACGGUGACUAAUGGAGAGCCCGCCCACUGGCGGCCCCACGCCGCCGGAAGCGGAAACGGCGCCGGACGCCUGCAGAGGACUCGCAACUGCCGCCGCGAUGCCGAAGGGUCCCAAGCAGCAGCCGCCCGAGCCCGAAUGGAUCGGGGACGGCGAGGGCACGAGCCCCGCGGACAAAGUGGUGAAAAAAGGCAAAAAGGACAAGAAGACCAAAAAGACGUUCUUUGAGGAACUGGCAGUAGAAGACAAACAAGCUGGGGAAGAAGAGAAAGCCCAGAAGGACAAGGAGCAGCAGCAGCAGCAGCAGCAGCAGAAGAAAAAGCGAGACACCCGAAAAGGCCGACGGAAGAAGGAUGUGGAUGACGAUGGUGAAGAGAAAGAGCUCAUGGAGCGUCUUAAGCAGCUCUCUGUGCCAGCCAGUGAUGAGGAGGACGAGGUGCCUGUGCCGGUUCCCCGAGGAGGGAAGAAGGCCAAGGGUGGGAAUGUUUUUGAAGCCCUGAUUCAGGAUGACAGUGAUGACGAGGAGGAGGAAGAAAAGCAUGCUCCCAAGCCUGCCAAGCCAGAGAAGAAUCGCAUCAACAAGGCUGUGUCUGAGGAGCAGCAGCCUGGGCUCAAGAACAGACGGGCAGGAAAGGAGGAGAAGUCCAAAGGGAAGGCCAAGCCUCAGAAUAAAUGUGCUGCUCCAGACAGUGAAGGAGAAGAUGAUGAAGAACUAACUAAAGAGAAGGAGAGAGAAAAAGCCAAGAAGGCAGAGCAGGGCGGAGAGGAAGAGAGAGAAGAGGAGGAGGGGGAGUCGAAGGCAAAUGACCCCUAUGCCCACCUUAGCAAAAAGGAAAAGAAAAAGCUGAAGAAACAGAUGGAUUAUGAACGCCAGAUGGAGUCAUUAAAAGCAGCUAAUGCUGUAGAAAAUGACUUCUCAGUGUCCCAGGCAGAGGUGUCCUCCCGCCAGGCAAUGCUAGAAAAUGCAUCUGACAUCAAGUUGGAAAAGUUCAGCAUCUCGGCCCAUGGCAAGGAGCUGUUUGUCAACGCUGACCUGUACAUCGUCGCCGGCCGCCGCUACGGGCUGGUGGGGCCCAAUGGCAAAGGCAAGACCACACUCCUGAAACACAUUGCCAACCGUGCCCUGAGCAUCCCCCCUAACAUUGAUGUGCUGCUGUGCGAGCAGGAGGUGGUGGCUGAUGAAACGCCAGCAGUGCAGGCUGUGCUUCGUGCGGACACCAAGCGACUCAAGUUGCUGGAGGAAGAGCGGCAGCUUCAGGGGCAGCUGGAGCAGGGGGAUGACACGGCCGCUGAGAGGCUGGAAAAGGUCUAUGAGGAAUUGCGGGCUACUGGGGCAGCGUCUGCAGAGGCCAAGGCAAGGCGGAUCCUGGCUGGUUUGGGCUUUGACCCUGAGAUGCAGAAUCGUCCCACACAGAAGUUCUCUGGGGGUUGGCGCAUGCGUGUCUCCCUGGCCAGGGCAUUGUUCAUGGAACCCACACUGCUGAUGCUGGAUGAGCCCACCAACCACCUGGACCUCAACGCUGUCAUCUGGCUCAAUAACUACCUUCAGGGCUGGAGGAAGACGUUGCUGAUUGUCUCGCACGACCAGGGCUUUCUGGACGACGUCUGCACUGAUAUCAUCCACCUCGAUGCCCAGAGGCUCCAUUACUACAGGGGCAAUUACAUGACCUUCAAGAAGAUGUACCAGCAGAAGCAGAAAGAACUGUUAAAGCAAUAUGAGAAACAGGAGAAGAAGCUGAAGGAGCUGAAGGCUGGGGGCAAGUCUACCAAGCAGGCAGAAAAGCAAACAAAGGAAGUCCUGACUCGAAAACAGCAGAAAUGCCGUCGGAAAAACCAGGAUGAGGAGUCUCAGGAGCCCCCUGAGCUCCUGAAGCGCCCCAAGGAAUACACUGUGCGCUUCACCUUCCCAGACCCGCCACCUCUCAGCCCACCUGUGCUCGGCCUGCACGGUGUGACAUUUGGCUAUGAGGGGCAGAAGCCCCUCUUUAAGAACCUGGAUUUUGGCAUCGACAUGGACUCGCGGAUUUGUAUCGUGGGCCCCAACGGUGUGGGGAAGAGCACACUGCUGCUGCUGCUGACUGGCAAGCUGACACCAACCAACGGGGAAAUGAGAAAGAACCAUCGCCUGAAAAUAGGCUUCUUUAACCAGCAGUAUGCCGAGCAGCUGCACAUGGAGGAGACGCCCACCGAGUACCUGCAGAGGAGCUUCAACCUGCCCUACCAGGAUGCCCGGAAGUGCUUGGGUCGCUUUGGCCUGGAGAGCCACGCCCACACCAUCCAGAUCUGCAAACUCUCCGGUGGGCAGAAAGCCCGAGUUGUAUUUGCAGAGCUGGCCUGUCGGGAGCCUGAUGUCCUUAUCCUGGAUGAGCCAACCAACAACUUGGACAUAGAGUCUAUCGACGCCCUGGGGGAAGCCAUCAAUGAGUACAAAGGAGCUGUGAUUGUUGUUAGCCACGAUGCCCGACUCAUCACAGAAACCAACUGCCAAUUGUGGGUGGUGGAGGAGCAGAGUAUCAGUCAAAUCGAUGGCGACUUCGAUGACUACAAGCGAGAGGUGUUGGAGGCCCUGGGUGAAGUCAUGAUCAAUCGACCACGGGAUUGAGUGCCCCUCCUGGAAGCCUGCUGAGAGAAGCUCCUGUGGCCAGAAUCUCUGCCCACCUCCUUUCUGUCCACCUAGAAGCCUGCUGUGUCUGCUGCCAACUGCAGCCCAUGGGCCAUGGAGGUGGAGUGUUGACUUGAUGUGUGGAUUGUGUCCUUCCCACUGAAGGGCUGUUCCCCUCAGAUAGCUGAGGUGACCUUUGCUGUGGUAGAGUCCCCUCUUGCCACUCAGAACUGACACUGUCCGGUCCUCCUUCUGAAAGGAGGUCUGGUCCUGACUCACUGACACAAACAGUCGGAACCACAGGCUGCUGUGGUCACUUGUCUGGUGGGGACUCGGGCAGGAAAGGAGAGCUGCUGAACUGGAAGCUCCUUUUAGAGGGGAGGAAAUAAAGGAGAGGGGUGUUGAUG